CACGAGGUAUCCAAUCAACACGCGCAUAGCUCCGCACUACGUGGAACCUGAUUUCCAAAGAUCAAACAACGCUACUAGACAAUUGCCUUUAGGUCCUUUUAAGAGAUGCACGUGAGCACAAAUGUGGGCUGUUUGGUGUAAAUAUGCAGUUCGCUUUUAACCCCACGGUGCGCGGGCUUUUGCCAGGACAUGACGCGCAGCCUGCAUGAAGCAGAGGUCAUCUAACCGCACCAGGAGCGAGCCGUUCUCACAGGCAGCUGCGGAUCAUCGCACGACAUAUUGGCGCGCAGCGGCGGGCGGGGACCGCCUGCGGCUGCUGCCGAAUCGACCGGUCCUUUUGCGCAGCUGCACACCGCACUUUUUUUAAAGCAGAGAGGCUUGCGGCACGACGCCACCCCAUUGCGCCCUCGCUCUCAUCUGAUUUCUUCGGGGAACGAGAUCUCGAGUGGCAUGAAAGCGAAGGAAGGCGACGACUGAAGGCUUUCAUCCGCGGAGACGAAGCAGCGGCGCCGGCAGCGGGGCUCGGUCAUGGUCGGACGCGGACUGUGGGUAUGUAAGCAUCGGCUCGGAAAGCGGGGCGGCCGCCCGGGGGUCCUGCCUUUUGUGUGCGCGGCCGCAGCGGCCGCAGCCUUGCUGGCUCUGCUCUUCGUGGACUUGAUCGAGUCAUGGGUCACCUCCAUGAACAUGAACACGGCCACGGAGCCGCGCGCCGGCGGCUACCCCCUGCAGAGCGUCCCUCCCACCAGAGCCGACGAAUUCCUGCUCAUGCCCAGUCCCCUCGUGUGCCAACGUGCUAAGCCUUACCUCAUCACCAUGGUUACCUCAGCUCCUGCCAAUCAAGUGGCACGGGAAGCCAUCAGGAAAACCUGGGGAGGGGAAGUGGAUGUAAGGGGCUUGCGGGUCAUGACCCUGUUCAUGGUGGGCGUGGCCACGGACCCUGGACUGGCCAAGCUGCUGAUAGAGGAAGCUCGGGAACAAGGGGACCUGGUUCAGGGCCGUUUCCUGGACACCUACUCCAACCUCACCCUAAAAACCCUGUCCAUGCUGGGCUGGGUCCGACGGUUCUGUCCUCAGGCUCACUUCAUGGCCAAAGUGGAUGACGAUGUGCUGUUCAACCCCAGCACCCUCCUGCACUUCCUCAACAAGAGCCGUAACCCUUAUGAACAAGGGGACCUGUACCUGGGCAGGGUACACCUGCGCGUGGCUCCGGACCGUGACCAGGACAGCAAGCACUACCUCCCUGCAGGGGCCUAUCCUCCCUCUGUCUUCCCAGACUAUUGCAGUGGUACUGCUUAUAUUCUGUCUCGCUCCGCAUUGCUCAAAAUUUCCCUGGCAGCCUCUGCAUCGCCUUUAUCCACUCCGCUGCCCCCCGAGGAUGUGUUUGUGGGCCUGUGCGCUCGGACUGCUGGGGUGCUGCCCUCGCACUGCCCGCUGUUCUCUGGCGGCCCAGGUGUUCCGUACGGACGCUGCUGCUACCAGGCAAUGGUGUCCAUCCAUCACAUCGCUCCCAGGGAAAUGCUGCAAUACUGGGCCGAGGUUCAUUCAUCGCCUCCCUGCUCCUGGCUGAGUCUACGCGCUUCACUGGGAAUGUGCAAAGUCAGGUCCAUGCUGGGGUCGGUCCUGGGGCUGGAGCUCGGCCUGUGAGCUCCACUAAUGAAGAAAACUGGACUCGAUGGCCUGCGCCUCGCUUUAAAUACUGUGAAUAGCACAAGUGCUCUUCAGGCUGUGUGCGAUGAGAGAAUUUCACUUUAUAUUUAUAGCUUUAUUUUUUUAAGCUAAAGUUUUGACCAGCUUUUUCUGCAAAAUGAGGAAGAUUAGGUUGAUGUAUGGGGAAUGUCGCAGUACUGUUUGACUUGUCUUUAGACUGUUCGAGCAUUCUGCAUUAUUCCUGACAAAUAUUCUAGAUGUACAACAAAAGACACUGGCAUGCUGAUAGUACACAAUAGAAACACUGCAACAGCUUCUGAUGAAUGCUCCAACACAAAUGCACUGAUUCAAUGUUAAAGGCUGCAGGUGUCAUUUAUGUGACACAUCACUAGGUUUUUAUUUUGGACUUUAGACUUUGGUGCAAUGACAGUUUUUAGAUUAGAUCCGUAAUCGCAUGCAUCCAUAACAGGUCACACCAGAUUUACAUAGCAAAUAAGGAAGUAAUAAUUAACUACAAGCCAUUAAGACUGAAGUCAGUUCUGGAACCGAAUUCAUGUCAGGCAUAUGGUGACAUUUGACAGAAAUAUUACCUUGUGUAAUGUGUAAAUGAAAGCCUCCACUUAUCUGUGUGUAAGUGAAGACAAGGCCAGUGUUCUCACACUCGGGACACCGGGUUAGGGCACGUCCUUGUCUCUUUAAGACAAAUACAUGUGUAGAAAUACAUCAGA